CCCCCCCCCCCCCACUGCUGCUCCCUGCGCCGUUCGCCUGGUAAUUAGCAUCAUUUCGACCAGAUUAGGUCCUUUGCUCAGCUCUCUUUUAAUUUUUUCUGCCCCCUUCUCUCUUGUCCUUCUUUUCUUCCCAGCUUUGCCUCAACCAUGAUCUUUCCCUCCGCCCUCUAACAACCCCCCCGUUCUCCCCCAAGUUGUCGUCAUCCCUCGCACUCCUCCUUGCUUACCCUGCCUUUCUAUCGCUAGAAUCCAGAGUCAAUUGACUGAUUCACCAUGAGAUUCGGGGAACACCUCCGAUCUUCAAUGAUCAAGGAGUACUACUGGUACUACAUUGCCUAUGAGGAUCUGAAAAAGGCCCUCAAAACCGGAUACGUCACCGAGCCUACACCCGAAAACGCAAGGCCCGACCGCCAGCCGUGGUCAGAGGAUGACGAAAAGCAUUUCGUGACCCUGCUGGAAAGCGAAUUGGACAAGGUCUUCAACUUCCAGAGAAUUAAGAGCGCGGAGAUUGCCCGUCGUAUCCAAGCCAGCGAGACAGAAGUUGAAGAUGUGGUUUCCCGCUUGGACAGCUCCAGCGCUCGUUCAGACAAUGCCUCGAAUUCGCGUUCCAGCCGGAGGCCCCCUUCCGACGAAGACUUCUUGAUGCUCGAGCAGGUCUUGAGUGACAUCAUUGCCGACGUCCACGACCUGGCAAAGUUCACACAACUCAACUACACAGGCUUCCAGAAAAUCAUUAAAAAACACGAUAAACAAACUGGAUGGCACCUCAGGCCAGUUUUUGCUGCGCGACUCAAUGCGAAGCCGUUUUUCAACGACAACUAUGAUGCACUUGUGGUCAAGCUGUCUAAGCUCUACGAUCUUGUUCGUACUAAGGGUAAUCCAGUCAAGGGUGAUUCUGCCGCCGGAGGCACUCAACAGAACUUCGUCCGUCAGACGACCAAAUAUUGGGUCCACCCGGACAACAUCACCGAGCUUAAGCUGAUCAUCCUCAAGCAUCUUCCUGUACUGGUCUUUAACCCUAGAAAAGAGUUCGAAGAAAAGGAUGCUGCCAUCUCGUCCAUCUAUUACGAUAACACCGAUACCUGGGAAUUGUACCAGGGUCGCCUGAAGAAAACCGAGGGAGCUGAAGCUAUCCGACUGCGUUGGUAUGGAGGCAUGGAAAGUGACCAGAUUUUCGUCGAGAGGAAGACUCAUCGCGAGGAUUGGACCGGAGAGAAGUCGGUCAAGGCGCGUUUCUCUCUCAAGGAAAAGCACGUUAAUGCCUAUCUGUCCGGUCGCAUGACGGUAGAAAGCAUUUUCGAGAAGAUGCGCCGGGAAGGCAAGAAGAGCAAGGAGGAAAUCGACAGCUUAGAGCAGCUGGCACGGGAGAUCCAGUACCGAGUCAUCACACGACGACUGGUACCCGUCACUCGAUCUUUCUACCACCGCACUGCUUUCCAGCUUCCCGGAGACGCCCGGGUGCGUAUUUCACUCGACACGGAAUUAACAAUGACUCGCGAAGACAACCUCGACGGUCGUCAGCGGACUGGAGACAAUUGGCGACGCAUGGACAUUGGCGUGGAUUAUCCUUUCUCCCAGCUGCCCCCCGAGGACGUGGAGCGCUUUCCUUACGCCGUCUUGGAGGUGAAGCUUCAAACCCAAGCGGGUCAGGAGCCGCCCCAAUGGAUCAGAGACCUGACUGCGAGCCACCUGGUUGAAGCGGUGCCGAAGUACAGUAAAUUCAUCCACGGCACUGCCACUCUCUUCCCCGAUCGCAUUAAUCUCCUUCCGUUCUGGAUGCCCCAGAUGGACGUUGACAUUCGGAAGCCGGCAACACGCAAGUUCGGUAUCCAGCGGCCUCCGGUUAGCGCAUCACUGUCCACCACCGAAACACCCGAGGAUGAUGAGUCGGAUGAGGAAGACUCGAACGAAGCACAGUGGGUUGAGAAUACAAACAGGGCCCAGGCUAGCGAUGCCGACCAAGAAGCUUUAUUCGCGGACACCGAUGGAAACGCUUUGGACAUUGAGGAGCGCAUCGCUGCUCAACCGCUCCCGGGAGAUGAGGAUUACCCAUUAUAUGAUUCGGAUGCAGAGUCCGUUGAUUCUGACGAGCUGGAGGAGGCGCGCCGUGUCGGUGGGACAUACUACUACAAGAAGCUGGCUAAGUAUUACGUCCACCAGGCCGGGGACGCCAUGGUCAACGGCCUCACGGCUCUCAUUCCGCGGCCCCGGCCAACAAGUCUACCGCCCCCUGAACAGAACGGAAUCGCCGUGAUGGGCAACAAGCGCACAGUGAAGCGAUUCCAAGCCCCCAAGGGCAAGCGCAUCCACGUCCCCGUCCGUGUCGAGCCGAAGGUCUACUUUGCCGCAGAACGAACCUUCCUCUCGUGGUUGGAAUUCUCCAUUCUCCUUGGUACUAUCGCUGCUACACUUCUCAACUUCGGGGACGACUACAUCACCUUCGCAUCAUCCUGGGCCUUCACAGUACUGGCCGCGAUCGCCCUCCUAUACAGUCUCAUGCUAUACGUCUGGCGUGUCGACAAGAUCCGCAAGCGCCGUGACGUCAAGCGUGUCUAUUACGAGAAAUGGGGACCAACUGUCGUCGGUCUCGGAUUAGUGGUUAUUGUCAUGGUCAACUUUGGCCUCCGGGCUCGCCAAGCGGGCUUUUGGGAUAAGGGUGGCCUCGACUCGGAUGUUCCGCACGGAGGUGAGCUAUAAUUGCCUUCUUUAAACCCCAUCAAUCAAAUUGCGUUGGAAUGAACUAUUUGGGUAAACAAAUUCUCUUCUGGAGUACUUUCACCAUACUCUGCCGAUCUUGCUCGGUCGAAAUGAAAGAGAAAGCUGUAUUGAUUAUUAUGGGUUGAUUGUACAAAAGCAUGUGUAUUAAUUGUCCUUGUCUUCCUGCCUUGUUCUGUUCAGAUACCAGAUCCUGUCCUAUGAUGAAUUGAUCACUCAGUUGCGAGGCUAAGAAAGAGAGCGCGAGAGAUUGGUAUAGUUAGUAUGCUAUAGCGGUUGACUACUUGUCACUACAGAAUAAAUUAUGAUUAUACAAACA